GAACAACUUCUGCGAGCUCUAGAUUUCCGGAACAAGUUUUCUGCUCGCCCAUACUUACCUUCACGUAUUAUACCUCUAGAAAGAAAAAAGGGAAGUCUCAGUGACGUAGGACAGCGUUUUCUGAAAGACUGUCAGGUUCAGAAUCCCAUCAUUGCCCCACUGAAAUACUUGUGUGAGUCUGUCACGGGGGCCUGCGAGACGACUGGGGCAGGGUGGCACUCCGUGGGAAUGGCUGCCCCGGCUCAGACGGAAGGUCCAUCCAGAGACCCGAUUCUUUUCAGUGAUAUCUUAGAAAUUAGAUGGCCUGACCCUGCUACGGCUGAUCUGACAAGAUGUAUAGACAAUGGCAGUGUGAAGAUCUCAUCAGUAGAUGGCUAUGCUCACCUUUACCUGUCAGAAUUGCAGCAAGAAUUUACAGUGGAAUUCUUAUGCAAAGUCAGCCAGUCAUCUGCAGCACCCUUACACUCCUCUCAAAAGAACAGCACCUACCAAACCAGAGAUCAGUAUGGAAAAUCAAGUAAAAAUUCUGUUGCAGGAAUGUCAUUGAAACAAACAAGAACAGAGAAUAAAAAUAAUGAACAUGAUAGUGCUGAAGGUAAAUACAGGGAACCAGCCAAACCAAAGGACCAAAAAGACAGAGAUGGAAUCCCUUUGUGCUACACAAAUUGUUCUUCUGAAUACGUAUGGGUGACACAGUGUUGGUCUGUUUCCUCCUGCCCAGAAGAAUGGAAGUACCCUUUGUGGUUGGCACAAAUGUGCUAUAACUUACGUACUCUUAAGAAUGAAAUGAAGACAUGUGGGAAAAGCAACCAUACAUCCAUAGAAGCUGAUGUUUUAAUAGACCCCAAAACACAUGAACCAGUUUCUCGUUUACCUUCAGCUUUGCCACUCAGCUGCAGAGCUCCACAUUUACACAGAUUUAUCCAUGGUAGGACAAACAUCACAGAAAUUUAUCCUGGUGAUGACUCGUUUUUCAAAUCAGAGGGAGCAUUUUUGGGAAACUAUUUCAUACAUUAUGCAAUCCAAAAAGGAACGAAAAAGAGAGAAGAAAAGAUGUAUUCGGUAAACAGCCUACCUCCUGAUGUACCAGGAAAUCCAUACUCUAUAUCCUCCAUUAUUGCUCAGGCAACCAAAAUACUUCAGUACUGCUACAAGACUAAACUAUCCUUAACUCAUAACUAUCAUCUCUGCUGCUGGAAAAUGGUACCUGAGACAGAUGGGCGAGAAAUGUUGCCAGUUUUGCUGUAUGAAAAGGUUAUUCCCAGCAUAGGAAGACUCAUUGUGUACUCAGAUCAUAAAGUCCAUGCUGCUUUUUGGGAUGGGAUGACCUUGAAUAUGGUCUGGGAUUUCAGCUCUUCCUCUAGUAAGAUCCAGGUAAAUGAAGAUGUAGGCUGGUGUAAGUUAAGUACUCCUGAUGGGGUACAGCAGCUAAUACAAAUAAGUCAUCCUGGAAUCUAUGAAAGGUACAUCAGAACAGCAAUAGAAUGGUGCAGAAGUUUGAACGAAACGAAGAAGAUUCCUGAAUAUACUGCAGACUCUCUAACUGAAGAAAAUUGGUCUGCUGAUGCUGAGCUCAAAAAAAUACAGAGAUUUAACUUAACACCAGUUUUAUUGGAUAAUAGCAAAGUUCUGGAAAGGACAUCUGCUGUAAAAACCAAUCCAUCUGGUAUUACUGUCAGAAAAACAGAAAACAAGAGUGAGCCGGAAGAAAUCGGUGAACAGUCCGUCUUGGAAGCUUUGGAAAAAACUUCUAAAGUAAUUCAGGAUAUUGAAUCUCUGCUUGCAGCUUCUGGGAAGUGA